GCGCGCGUGUGUGUCCGUAUACCGUUGCCGUCGUCGCCGCCGCCGCCGAAGCCGCCGAAGCCGCUCGUUUAUAUAAAUAGAGGCGACGUCGUCUUCGUCGUCGUCGUCGUCGUGACUGCUGCUUGCCUGCUGCCUGGCUUUCUGGCGCGCGUGAAUACCUUCCAUAAUACAACGACGACGGCGGCCCAGUUGUUAUUAUUAACGCGCGGCGUUUAACUCGAGUUAUGUCACCACUACUACUAGUACUACUACUACUACAACUACUGUAGUACAUCUAACUGCUACCUCUGCUACGGAUAUACCACUACCGCAACCGCUACGACCGUACACACAACCGUUACGGCGACGUAACAACACUGUUAUCGCGGUCCCACAGAUCGGCAUCGUCGUGUAGUAAAUAUACCGUGUCCCCGCGGCGAAUUCGCUCGGUACGCGUGCUCGUGACCGCGCGGGCAACAAGCCGUUGGCGGGACAACCGUAACCGGUGAAAGGAACGGACAGGGAAAAAGUCGACGGGAACACGGCGGCGGCUAUCGACGAGUUGCCGCCAACUGUUGUGUUAUUACAUCGGUCUUCGUUCGCCGUGCUCGCCGCCGUUUCCGCGUACGCCUAGAGCCCCGGUCGGUGGUGCCCGCAGUGGAGUGCAGCAGCAGUGGUUCCGCGCGCGCGCGCGACUGCUGCUGCCGUGUGUCGCGUGUGCUCCGUCACCGAUGGUUCGCGACGACGUAACGACACCGCCGCCGCCACCGCCUGUACAAUUACUACCGGUGCCGCUGCUGCCCAACAUCAGCACCAACCACCGUAGCCGCCACUGCGCGCGCUACCGCUUCCUAGGUCUGUACUGACACGGGCGACGACGUUGAUCGGUUGUCAUUCCGACCGCCGCGGCCGCACCGGUAUAGGGUCCACGACGAUACACGAUCGGCAGCACCGAGACCGGCAACGUCUGCAGUGGCCAUCGUCGGCGAGUAGAAUGCAUUGGUACCGUGCGACGGCCGCCUCGUUCGACGCGAUCACCGCUGCAGUGGUGACCGCACAUUAACGUCCGGACAGCGAGCGGCAGCAAUAAAGGCAUUAAAUGUCAUCGGUUCCGGCGCUGUGGGUUUGGAAUUAUGUCGCUGCUGGCGGUCGAGGGACAACGUAGUCCGGCGCUGUGUAUUGCAGUAAUUUUAAUAAUUUCAAACAGAGUAUUUGGAUUAGAUUCCGAUAUAAUUGAUAGUAAUUUUUCAAUUUCAACCACUACUAUUGAUUAUGAUAUACCUGUUCAAGAUAUGGCGUCUGAAACAUUGAUGGCUCUUUCGCCAUGCCAUCAAUUUGAAGGAGAAUUCGAGUUCUUUUCUCCAGGCCAUCCUCAACCUUAUCCAAAUAAUACAGAAUGUAUCAGACUAUUAGAAGCUAAUGUUGGAGAAAUAAUAGAAUUAGAUUUUAGAGACUCAUUUACCAUUGAACCAAGUAUUGGAUGUAAACACGAUCAUUUAGAAAUUCGAGAUGGUCCAUAUGGAUAUUCAGUUCCAGCAAAUUAUUACUGCGGAAAUCAAUUUCCUCCAAAAAUAAUUUCAUCUGGGAGACACUUAUGGUUGCGGUUUCGGUCGGACGAAAAUAUCGAAUAUGAAGGAUUUCACGCAGUUUACAAAUUUAUCAAGAAACCUCCACCCGACAUAGAAAAAUCAGAACUUCCCCCAUGCCGUAAAUUCGUGGACGGUUCUCAAGGACAUAUAAAUAGUACAGAAGUAGAUGAUUUGAAAAAUUUAACUCUUGCGAAUCAGGUUCCAUUAGAUUGUAUGUGGAUAAUAAAAGUAAAACCUGGAUGGAAGAUUCAGCUUAACUUCAAAGAUUUUGCGUUAGAAAAACCCAACGAUUGUGGAUUGAAUGUUGUAGAAAUUUUUUCAAAUCGUACUGAUAUGGCUUCUCGGUUGAAGGUAUUUUGUGGAUCAAUUGCAGAAAUGGUACAAUCACCGGGUAACAUGUUACAUGUACGAUUCUUGGCAGAAGGAAAAGGAGUAAAAUCAAAAUUCUCUGCACUUUUUACUGCAUACCGUACUAAGACUAAAGAUGAAGCUUGCGGUAAUGAUCAGUAUGAUUGCGAAGAUUUAACAUGUAUAGCAUCUGAAUUACGUUGCAAUAAAGUUGAGAACUGUCGUUUUCGAUGGGAUGAAGAUGGAUGUCCGGAAGAAGACAAUCGAUUAAUGCAACUAUUUUCAAGUUUCGACAUAAUAGUAAUUUUGGUAGUGUUUUUUCUAAUAUUAUGUGGAAUGUGUUCAGCAUUCAUUACUAAUAUUGUCCGAAAGCUGGUACAUGAUCACCGCAUUAUAAAAGAACACAUGCGUCAUUCUAGAGAAGAUCAUUUAGAUCAAAUUGGAAGAAUACAUGUUACAAAUGAACAAUCACUCGAAGACUCCGGUCCUCAUAUCCAUGACUAUCCUCAAAGUGAUAAUAGUAGUCAAAUCACUAAUUUAAUUCAAAACAAACAUAGUAAUAAUAUAUCAAGUUCAGAUUGUUAUGUUCCAUCUGGUGAUCUUAUUCCAGUGUUAAUGAAACAUGACCCUCCUCGUCUUUAUCCUUCUGUUGAAGACGAAGAAGGUGAUGGGUUGAUGAGUUCCUAUCCAAUGGCAGCUGAAACUAAAGAUAUUGAGUGCCAAACCAGAGAAAGUCUUUUUGACACAUCAGUGGUACCUAAAACACAAACUGCUGGUCAUUAUAGAGUAAGGCCAUCAGAAUCGCCUUUUAGACCACCAUUAGGAUUUUCAACAUUUGGAUACAGAAAAGAUUCAGAUAGUUCUACUGACACAAAACCAUCAAAAUUCAGAGCUGAGGCAGUUAUUGAAAUGGACAAGUUUUCAUCAGAAUUAAGCCAAAGGCCUUACAGUAUUGAAUCAACAAAAUCAGCUCCAGAUGUUAUAGUCAUGCACUGAUCCCUAUAAAACUGUUCACAAUAAUACUAUUAAUAUUAAUUUUAAGUAUUAUACUCAAAAGUAUGCUUAUCAAUAGAAGUCAAAACAUUUAAAAAAUGCUCAAAUUAUGAAGUGGACUAAAAUAAAAUAUUUGAAAUGUUACAGAGGGGAAUAAUGUAUAUUACGAACUAACCCUUCAAGUACUAUCAGUAUUUUUGAUAAGUUAUAAAUAUAUUUAAAAAUGGUAACGUGAAUCAUCAAUGAAAAUAUUGUUAAACCAUCACGAAUUUAUAUUGUCUUAUAUUUUAAGUCAUGAUUAGAAUUAUAGUUAUCUAAAUGAUUUAUGAAUAUUAAAUAAAUUAUUCCAAAUUCGUA